AUGUGUUGCAGUCAUUAUUUAUAUGAGUUUCUGUUUGUGUCCAACAGGCAACCAGUUACGAAAAAUACAUUCCGACAGUACAGAGUUUUAGGGAAAGGAGGCUUUGGAGAGGUGUGUGCGUGUCAGGUACGGGCCACGGGGAAAAUGUACGCUUGUAAGAAACUGGAGAAAAAGAGAAUAAAGAAAAGGAAAGGGGAGUCCAUGGCGCUCAAUGAGAAACAGAUCCUGGAGAAAAUCAACAGCAGAUUUGUAGUCAGUUUAGCGUACGCCUACGAGACGAAGGACGCUCUUUGCCUGGUGCUGACCCUGAUGAACGGGGGGGACCUGAAGUUCCACGUCUAUCACAUGGGCGACGCCGGCUUCGACGAGAAGAGAGCCGUGUUCUACUCUGCAGAGAUCUGCUGCGGGCUGGAAGACCUGCACCGAGAACGCAUCGUCUACAGAGACCUCAAACCAGAAAACAUCCUGCUGGACGACCACGGCCACAUCCGGAUCUCAGACCUGGGUUUAGCGGUUCAUGUUCCAGAAGGACAGACCAUCAAAGGACGCGUGGGAACCGUAGGCUACAUGUCUCCGGAGGUGGUGAAGAACGAGCGCUACACGUUCAGCCCCGACUGGUGGGCGUUGGGCUGCCUGCUGUACGAGAUGAUCGAGGGCCAGUCUCCCUUCCAGCAGAGGAAGAAGAAGAUCAAGAGGGAGGAAGUGGAGCGGCUAGUGAGGGAGGUGGAGGAGGAAUAUUCCAGCAAGUUUUCCGAGGACGCCAAGUCCCUGUGUCGAAUGCUUCUGGCCAAAGAGCCCUCAGAGAGGCUGGGAUGUGAGCAAGGGGGAGCCUCAGAGGUCAAAGCCCAUCCCCUCUUCCGCUCCAUCAACUUCAAACGCCUCGCUGCCGGCAUGCUGCAGGCGCCAUUCAUUCCUGAUCCGCAGGCCAUCUACUGUAAAGACGUGCUGGACAUCGAGCAGUUCUCCACAGUGAAAGGAGUGGAGCUGGAGCCCAAAGACGCGUCCUUCUACUGCAAAGUGUCCACCGGCAGCGUGUCCAUCCCCUGGCAGGACGAGAUGAUCGAGACAGAGUGCUUUAUGGAGCUGAAUGUUUUCCACCAGGACGGGACGGUUCCUCCAGACCUGGACUGGAGGGGACAGCCGUCUCCUCCGCCCAAACAGGGUCUGCUGCAGCGACUCUUCGGCCGGCAGGACUGCUGUGGUAACUGCAGCGACAGCGAUGAGGAGCCCACCAGGCUGUGACAAACACAAACACACACACACACACACACACACACAGGAUCUAAUUUGUUUACAACUUUUGCACAUUUGUAUUUUUAACAUAAUACUAUCUCUAAAUGUCAGAAUGUAUAUUUUCAACAUAACCAUAAUGUUAAAUGUUAUUUAAAAAAUAAAAAGUUGUGAAAAAUUACUGGUUGACGCGUUCCAAACGAGGAGACGGGAACUUACGGAAGAUGAACAGAUAUUUUUGUUUUUUGCUUUUGUUGAUUUUUGGAAGACUUUUUUUCACAUCCACUUAAACACAUGUCCAUCUCACUGAUCUGGAAGCUGCUGCUGGAGCAGAUCCACUGAAACGCUUGCUGUAAAAGUGCCUUGCUGUAGGGCACUGUGGCAGACUAACGGAGGACUGAGCGUACUUUCCCCACUUUGUCCAGGGAAUCAAACCAGUGACCUUCAGCUCAUGAACUCUGACCACUUUUCUUCUUCCUUCCAUUCUGCUGAAAGAAACCUCACUGCUCUUUCUUCUAUUUAACGUUUUAAAAUGAACUUUGCUUGGUUUUUAAAUGGAGAUGCCAGGGCCAAGAAUUUGUCUCUAUCUGCAGAUAUUUUUAUAUCAAUAGUAUUAUUGUUUUUCUUUGAUUAAGGAUUUCUUUACACUGUAACUUGCGUUAGUGCAGCUCCUCUUAUUAUUGUCAAGAGUGUGUUUUUCUUAUAGAUACAACAGUUGUUUUGUUCCUUUUUACAGAAACUCUGAGACUUAAAUUAAUCAUUUUCAUGCUCUGGAAAAAUUAGGCUAACAUUGGAUUUUCACUAGGUUCAUAAGUUUCAGUUUCUGGACUUCAGACAUUUGUUUAGUCCUUUCAUUUAGUCAGUUGUUGAUUUUCAGAUACAUUUGACUGACAGAGCUACUCAUUUUAAACCCUUUUUUGGUGAAAGAUUCAGCACACAGUUUAAUCUGUUGGAAGAAUACAGUUGACAUAUUUGCAUGUUGAGCUUACCAGCAAAACUUGUUAUUCAAAUAAGUCGAUGUUCGAUCAGAAUCCUAGUAUUUAGUUGCUACUUUCAGUAAUUAGCAUUUAUUUAAGUUGCGUUCCAAACACAGCGUUUUGUUACCACUUGUCUCUCAGGGUUUCUGUAGAAUGUAUUCCUUUACGCAAUUGUAUCCUCUCUCCCUCUGUGUCUUUUCUUCAUGAGCAGAUGAUGGUCGGAUGAUUCUCAGACUGUGCAGGUUUACAUAUGUUCUCCCUGCUGGUAGACCAUGUCAUGUAUGUAUGGGAGCAACAAAGAAAGAGUAACUCAAGCUUUGGGGAUAAAUCCUGGGAUUGCAGGGAAACGCCUCUGUUGCAGUCUUCUUCAAACAGAAUGGCCUCUGAUUGUAAAGCUAUUAAAAUGAAAUACCUCUGAAUGUACCAAUGGCUUUCAUGUUAUUUCUGAGGUUGAAGAAGACCGAUGACAGACACCAGACGAUAUGGAACUAAAUGUCUGGAACAAUAUGAUUUAAAAACAACAUCUGAGUUGCAUCUCGUCUUAUCUAACCAUGCUGAUUUAUUUUUAUUUGCUCAGGUUUUCAAAUAGAAAAACAUAUCCCUGUGUGUGCAAGUAUCCCAGCAUGCAUUUCUAUCAACCAAAAUAGCAAGAUUUAAACCAAAACUAUCUGCAUGGCCAGAUAUGAUUGCAGUUAGGAGAUAAAAGUGUGUUUUUUUUCUCAUUUGAAUGACCUUAUCUUUAAAGUCUAGAGCUGCAACUAACCAUUAAUUCAUGAAUUUUCUGAUUGUUUAUAAAUCAGUCAAUGAGCUGUCGAUGAAUAUGUCAGGAAAUCUUGAAUGCUAGUUAUAAUAACAGCAGUUCUCAAAUGACAGUCCAAAACCAAAAGAUAAGCUUUAAAUUAUAAUGUUUGAGAUGAUGGAUUCAGCAAAAGUUUAUAAAUGUUUGCUCUAAAAUGUACUAAAUUAAUUAACUGAUUCUUUAUAAUUGCCCUUUUUUUUGAUUGACUAAUGGAUUAAUCAUCAAAGUGUUGCAGCUCUAAUACACUGUUUUUUGAAAAGCAGAAUUCAUCCUUUCAGAUGUUUUUUUAUAUUUUUCCAUCUUUGUCAAUUUUUUUUGUUUAAAAUUAAAAAACAAUGGUCUGCUUUUUAUAAAUCUCUUUUGAAAAGGGAUUCUUUUUGAAUGUGUGUGUGCAGAGAAUGGUCUAUUGUUUAGUUUCCUUUGUAUAAAUCAGUCUUAAAGCCUGUCAUACUUUGCAUUCUGCUCUCUGCCUUUGUUCAGCCACAGAGCCCUCCACCAGUGUAUUGUGAAAGCGGUUCAUUUAAACCAGUUAAAUUAGAUCAAAGAUGACAAAGUCCUUCCCAUCCAAGGUGCCUUUUUGUGUUUAAAGGUUUUCCUCGCCUCUUUUUAUACACACUGUGCUCAUUCAAAGCCUGCUGCUGCGUCAGCGUCACUUCCUGUCUGUGGUGAAUCUCUGUUUGUUGUCAAAACCAUCACUCUGGAUGUCUCUGUGAAAAGGAGGAUGAUGAGACUGAAGAACCUCUGGACUUAAAGACUGCUGUGGACUUUCUGGAGUCUCUGCUUUUAUAAAAGACAGAGGUCAAAGGGGACAUUUUGGAAUCAGGAAAGCUCCCUAACAUCCUCCAUGGACGUGUGAAUCAGAACUGCUGUGCUGUGUCUCUGCUGUCAGAAAAUACUGUCCUUCAUGUUAUCUUUGUGUUGAGGAUGCCCUGUAAUCUGCCUUAAAGGAUGAUUCCACUUUAUUACAACUUGGUCUUAUUUAGUUUAUUCAUCAUUUGUGCCAGAAACAUUGUAUGUGAAAUUGUGAGAUUUCAGAUGAAAGAUUUCUGUCAUUUUUAUAUUUUUUCUGUGAUCUCCUUGCUGCUUUGAUGUGGAAAAGCUGGAAAAAAGCAUUGUUAUAAUAUCAAAUUGAGAUGAUCUAUGUAGAGUUGAUCAGGGCGAUCACAGUCCUGAUGAAGAUGAGCUGCAUUUUAGAGACUUAAUUAGCAUAGGUCAAACAUCCUUUCACUCUCAUUGAAUGGAAAUUGAGAGCAAAAGGUUAGAGAUUUAAGACAACAAUGCUCAAAAGAAAGUCAAAAGAGGGUGUAACACCGGACUCCAGAUGUCAAAACUUGAAUUUCUUUCACUUCUGCUCGUAUUUGUUCAAGAAAUGAAGCAGGGUUUCAGGGGCGCAGCUCUGAAUUGUUCAUGGGCCAUCCAUUCAUAAGUACUGAGAGCCUUAAACAGCAUCCCAUAAUAAACAGACUGAUGUCCUUCAUUUUCACUCCACUUAAUCCAAAGUAUGAAAUGCUCCUGCCACUUUGGUGAUGAUCACAAGUUUAUUUUCUGCUCAGAUUGGUUAUGAAAGCCGCUUUUCAAGGGAACAUCCACCCUCAAACCCUGAAAGGCUUUUUUAAGAAAAGGUGAUGUAAACCGCUUUCACGUCACAAUGAGGUAUUGAGUGACGCUAGUACAGCUGAACUGAUGAAAAAUCUUUUUGAACUGAUGAAAACUUGAGGUGAACAUGAAAAUCAAUACCAAAAUAAUCAGUAGAGAAAGCAAGCACUUGUAUACUGUAUAUUAUAAUUCAAUCGUGUAAACAUUUCAAUUUCAAUUUUUUUCUGGCUGGACAUUGUGAGAGUAAAUCAAAGCAACACAAUUAAAAAUGUUAUUUGCCAAAUA